UUCCUGUUAUUCAAACACGACCCGUUUUAAUCGACCUAAACGAAAUAACGAUGUCGGAACUUAAGUAUCUCGAUGAAUGUUUCACUCCGGAACAUAAACAUGAGCGUGUCGAGUAAAAUGUAAGAAUGCUAUUUUUUUUAGCUAGCUUAGCAUUUUUUUAUUAGUAAACAUUAUUCAUCAAUUACUAACAGGAUGACUUGAACGAGAGCAAUUUGCGCCCUGGUGUUGAAGCUCUCAGGCUUCAGCAGGAUAUGAUGUCUCAGAGGUUUUGUUGGCUGCUCCUCCUCCUGAUCACCGUCUCUCUGCUGCUCUGGUACAAUCACGUAACCAAAACAAUAGAAGUAGUUCUGGGACUUCGUGGCUAUGUGAGAAUUUUGCCCCUCAGGUUAAGGUCACAACAGUACCUGGCGCUGCACUGUGCCAGCUGUGCCGUCGUCUCCAGCUCGGGUCAGGUGCUAGGCAGCAGAUGUGGGCGUGAGAUUGACGGGCAUGAAUGCGUGAUCCGCAUGAACGCAGCGCCAACACAACGCUUCGAGUCGGAUGUGGGAAAUAAGACGACGGUCCGUGUGGUCUCACACUCCAGCGUGCGACGUCUGCUGCAACGUGAGGCCUAUUUCUUCAAUCAAGAGUCAAACACACGCUAUGUGGUUUGGGGUCCUGAGAGGAACAUGAGGCAUGACGGCAAGGGCCGUGUGUUCAACAUGCUGGUCAAACUGGCAUGGAGAUACCCAAGCGUGCACAUCUACACUGUGAGCAGGGAGAAGAUGAUGCAUUGUGAUCGUGUCUUCCAGGAUGAGACUGGCAAGAACAGAAUGAAGUCCGGUGCAUUCCUCAGCACCGGCUUUUUCACUAUGAUUUUUGCGCAGGAUAUGUGCGACAGCAUUAACGUUUACGGGAUGAUAGACGGCUCAUACUGCAGUCUCACCAAUUCCUCUUCAGUGCCGUAUCAUUAUUACGAGUCGAAUCGUCUAGACGAGUGUGGCAUGUACAGAGUGCACGAGCGUGUGCGGAGAGGCGGCCAUCGCUUCAUCACAGAGAAGCAGAUCUACAGACGCUGGGCAUCACAGGGAAAAUUAAAAUUCCAGUAUCCACCAUGGUGACGAACAAGAACCCCAACACCUCUGUGCUAGAUAAGAGCACACUUAGAGUCUUUCCUCAAACUGCUGUAAGACGUCCAAAAAAUGAUGAAUGUGAAACCGACAUAGGAACUGAGGUCACGUUACAUGUUACAUUCAAUCUAAACCAUUUCAUUUCAUCCAUUUCAGGAGUGUUUGGUUUCCUAGCGAUUUGUUACAGCAGCUGGUCUGUUUUUAUUUUAUUUGUUUGUUUUGUUCCGGAUUUCAUAAGGAAGCCUGGUCAUGGGAGGUCACAUGAGGUCGCAUGAGGCUGUGGUUACUAUGGAGAUCGCUGUUAGACGUUUAACGUUGAAAGUACUAAUCGAGUGCUGAAUCUAUUGGUAAAAUACUGAUUGUAAUGUAGUUGAUUGAGCCAGGCACAUUUCUUGUUUUAUAAUAUAUAAAUAAGCAGUUCAACAUUUCAGAUUCUGAUGGCUUCAAAAUUAGCAGUUUGUCUGUUUUGCAGACCUGGAAAAUUUUACCGCAUUUUUUGUGUAGAAACACUUUUUAACAAAGACACAAUGGAGGUUCUUGAGAGUAAACACUCAAAAUCAAUAAAAUACGAUUUUUUCUCUCUCUCAGUAAAUAGCAUAAAUUGGCCAGAGGACAUAGGAAUACGGAGUGAUUGACAGGUUAACCCCGCCCCCUUCCUCUUUCUCGCGUUAGACUCGUCCGUCUCACUUUAGCGUGGAAUAAAACCCAUCUCAAUGUUUUACUAUAUUGUAUACUGUAUACUAUAUAAUUGACAUGGAUUCAGAUUUCAUCCAAAAAUAUUACAAACACAUAUUCACUUAUUUAUUUAUUUUUUAACAAGUUGAUUAUUCAUCGAGGGGGGGGUCACGGUGGGUUAGUGCCAGCUGUGCAGCUGAGGAGCACGUUUGCCUCACACCUCCAGGGUUGGGGGUUUGAUUCCCGCCUCCGCCUUGUGUGUGUGGAGUUUGCAUGUUCUCCCCGUACCAUGGGAGUUUCCUCCCCGGUCCAAAGACAUGCAUGGUAGGUUGAUUGGCAUCUCUGGAAAAUUGUCUGUAGUGUGUGAGUGAAUGAAAGUGUGUGUGCCCUGCGAUGGUGUAUCCUGCCUCGAUGCCCGAAUCAACGCCUGAGAUAGGCACUGACUGCGAUCAUAGAAUCUUUACCUAGUUGCUCGUGCUAACUUUAAGACAGGAAAACAGGGAAUUACACACUUUAAUGCUUUAAUCUCAUUUAUUUACUUUUUUCAGAUUUGACAUUAGUAUACCUAAAAAGCAAAAGUGUUCCUCUCUAAAAGCUUUGAAUUGUAUGCAGACACUUGCAGUGUGAUACUGUUUACAGACCGAUCACUGAUGACUUGCAGGUCGACGAGUGAUAAUAUAUUUUUUUUUUAAUCCAAACAUCUCAUUUUAUUAUCACUAUUAUUAUAGACCCUUUAAAAUGCUGCCACGUCUCAUUCCUGACAGAACUGUUGCUCUGACUGAGGAAUAUGUUUACAAAAGAUAAGUGCAUAUGUCAUAGCUUUCAUAAAGUCGUCCACAUGAUGAAAUAUCUCGCAAUCAUAAAUUGAUUUUGGAAGCAUUAGCGAUUUUAAUCUACCGGUCGGUUUUUAAUGUGCCGGUCGGUUUGAUCCAAGACCUUUGUGAAAUCUUAAAGAAGAUACAGAUGUUUCUUUCAGUUAAAAAGGUCUUAUUUGACAGCUAGUAAGAUUAAAAAUACAUCAAUCAAUAAAUAAAACCUUGUGAGAAUAUUGCAAAUUGAAAAAAGUCAUAUUGGCAUAUGCAUUCUAGUCAAACCAAAGGAAUUUAUUAACAUGCUGCUCUUUUACUGCUUCUAUGUUAAAUUCAUCACUGGCAGCUGGACGUAUGAAACUCGCAUUAGGAAAUUCGCAUGCUAAAAUGUUUACCUGUACAGGCUGUGAUCACUGUCAUAGAUAUUUCACUGCAAUUUUAAACUUUUUAUGGAUUAUUAACUCGUAUAGCUAUAACAUUAAGACGACUUCUACAAAUUAUUUUUAUUUUUUUGUCUUUCAGAUUUCUGCUUUUUUUUUUGUAGUAAAUAUUUACGAGAUUUUUUUAGAGCACUGAUUCUCUUUUUAUUUACACUGUUGUGCAUACUGAAUGUGUAUCCUUUCAUUAACUACAAAACAAUGUUGUUUUAAUGCCACUUUGAGUCAUUCACUGUUGUCUGUUUUUGAGCUAGACUUUUAUGUAUUUAUUUGUAUAGAUCGUCAGCUAAUUUGUGUGAAUUUGCAUGUGUGUUAUUCUAAAUCUGUGCAUUGCACUUUCAGUCCCUUUAAACAUUUAACUUUUUUUUCUUGAAAUGAUGUUAGGAAAACUUUUUUUAAUGUUGUGGUGGCCUGGGAAAAGCCUUCACAUGGUCAAAUGUUUGCACAUUUAUUAUUAAAACUAUGACAUAAAAAUAAAAGAGAGUGAAUUUAAUUUGUAGAAAAAAGUUACAGAAGUUCAAAUGUAGAACUGGUCCAUUGUUUGCAAUACCCCCUUCUACUGUUACAAUGUGAAAUGUGAUAUGUUUUUGUGAUACCUGUUUGCAAAAAAAAAAACAACAACAAAAACAAUGCAAAAUAAAAACA